AUGGAUGCUCUAUAUCCAAAUUUUUAUUCACUUACAUCGGUUACUUCAGAACCAUUAGAUCCACGUGUACGUCGUCGUUCACUUAUAUGGUGUGGUAAUAAUACAACGAUGCCAUCAACGACAACAACAAUAACGACUACUACUUCUAUUAAUAAUAUUAAUACCACUAAUAACGAUACUACUAUUAUUACUUCUAGUAAUAAUAAUAGUAGUAUCAAUGAUAGUAAUACUAGUAGUAACGUGUUAUUACCUAAAAAAUUUGAUGAUUGUCCAGAAAAAAUUCCAUUAACAAAGAAUACAGGGUUACUGAUUCGUCGACGUAGUCUAAGUCAUAAUCCAUUAAAUCGUAAUUUAUCAUUAUGUAAUCCUAAUCAUCAAAUAUAUAUGAAACCAAAUUUGAUAAACUCACCAACACUUCCAUCACCACCACCUUUAUUCGCUGAUAAGAACCUAUCAACAGUAUAUUCUACAUUACCUCAAACAUCAUCGUCGCCACCGUUAUUCGCCGGCAAAAAUCUAUCAACAGAGCAAUCUACAUUACCUCAAACAUCUGGAAUAUCAUCAAUGUUAUUGAAUAAUCCUUAUUCAAUUGGACCAUUAAUGGAUAAUUCUAUGAAGCAUCAAAUGAAAGAUGGAUUAAAGAUGUCAACAAUAACCUCUAACACAUUGUCACCAACAAGAAAUCGAAAACUAUUUGAUCAUCCUUUACAUGAUCAAAUGAUUAAGGGAAGAUCAGAUAUUAGUAGAGGUGGUGAUUAUCUUCUUAAUCAACCAUAUAAACAUCCUAUCCAUGAUCAAUUUGGUAAUAAUCAACAUUACUAUCAUCGUAAUACAUAUUCAACUUUGGCAUAUCCUAUAAAUAGCAAUGCAAGAAUACAAUCAGCUGUAAGUUUACAAUCAUUAGAUCAACUAAAAUCAAUCAAUGUUCCGGAUCGAACUAUUCAAUCGAACUAUUCAAUUGAGAAUAAUCUAAUUACUAAUGAAUGUUCUUCAUUAAAGAUGAAGAAAAAUAACAAUUCAUUACAAUAUUGUUGUUAUCAAGUACCUGGAAAUGAUCUACAAUAUCAUCGACAACAUCAGCAACAUCAACAUCAACAUUCUUCACCAGUUCAACGAUCUGAUUCUUUCACAAGGACAUCAUCAUCAACAACUGGAUUACCUAUGAAUAAAACCAAUUCACUAUUUCUAGGAAAGGAAUCAUUCAAUGAUAUAAUCUCUCCAAUUCAAUUGAAUUCAUUUCAUCCAAAUAGAAUUCGACCAAUAGAAAGAAGACGUUAUACACAAUAUGGAAUUUCUUAUCAUCAUCAUAAUAAUAAUGAGUUGGAUAAUGACACUUUCAGAUUGAAACAUCAACAACAACAACAAUAUACUACACUUCCACAAGUAUUACCAAGAUCCUCUCCAUUGUCUAAGAUUAAUUCAAAUGUUCAAGAUGAUAAUAAAAUUGAACAAAAUGGUAUGGAUAUGGAUAGGAAUAGGGAUAUACCGAUACUAUCAAAUAUAAGACGUCAAAAGCCAGUCAAUAGUAGAAGGGCUCAUGUUGUCUCAGCUUUUGAACAAAGUUUAAAUAAUAUGUCACAACGACUACAGAAUUUAUCGAAUACCACAACACGAAAAGAUUCAGAACUCCAUGAAUUAAGAGCAACAAUUGAUGCAUUACGUAAUCAAACAGAAUUAGGAUUUUUUAAAAAACCACCAAUUAAUCAACCUUGUGAAUUGAAUAGAUCAUUUAAUAAAGAUUUAUUAAAACAACAAGAAAAUUCAUGCAUUUCUACUAGUACUACUACUAUUACUACUACUACUAUUACUACCACUACUAUUACUAUUUCUAAUACUAGUAAUCAUAGUGAGAAUGAACAAGCAUAUAUGAAUUCACGUUUAACAAUAUCAAAUGCAAGUCUUAAUGAUGUAGAUAAUCAACAAUUACAAAUGGAUAAUUCAGUAGAUAGAGUAGUAUCUACUACUUCUGGUUGUAAAUCUUCAGGAAGUAAUGUAAAGAAAAAUGGAUGGUUUCGUAAUUCACUUGGUAAAGCAUUCCGUAAAAAGACCACAUCAUCAUCAACAUUAUCAAUACAUUCACAAAGUGAUCUGGACUGUCCUACAUCAUCAAUACAACAUAACUCGAUCUAUCAUAGUAAUAAUACUAAUACUAAUAAUAGUCUUCCUCCUGGACAUCCAUCCAACUUACCACAAAGUCCAACGAUGGAUCAUAAAGGAUUACAUAAUACUACAACUACUAUAAAUCAAUCUCAUGUAAAUUCCAUACAAUCUAUUAAUCAUAUGAAUGUUUUACCUAUCUUAUCCAAUACACAUUUAAAUGGUUUAUCUCCAUCGAAUUCAUCAACAUUGUCAUCGUCAUCAUCAUCAUGGAGUACAUUAAGAAUAGGUGGAAAUGGUCAAAAUAAUUGUAAUAUCAUUACUGCUACUACUACUACUACUAGUAGUAAUAGUAGUACUAUUAUACCACAAACAAAUGAACAAACUGAACGUUUGAACAAUGCACGACAACAACAACAACAGCAGCAGCAUCAGCAGGACCAUCGACCAAUCCAUUCAAAUCAACUCAGUUAUCCAAAUCACUUAAUUAACUAUAACAAGUCAGAUAAACAAAACACAUCAUUCAAUGUUGAAGAAAGAGAUAAGAAUAUGCUGGACAAUAAUGAUAGUAAAUUAGAAUUAACUAAACAAUCAUGUCAAGAUGAAUUGAAUCAUUUAAAAUGUCGAUUAGCUGAAAAAGAAUCCAAAUUAACUGAUGUACAAUUAGAAGCAUUAGCAAGUGCACAUCAAUUAGAUCAAUUAAAAGAUGAAAUGUCACAUUUAUAUUCACAAUUAAAUUAUUUACGUACAGAUAAUGAAAGAUUACAAAUAUUAGUCAAACAUUUACAAAAACAACAACAAUAUCAUCAUCAUCAGCAGCAGCAACAUCAACAACAACACAAUACUAUUAAUAGUAGUAUUAGUAGUAGGUUAUUGCUUAUGAAUAAUGAUAAUGUAAUGACAAGUACUAAUACUACCAUGACACUUACACCAACCAAUACGAAUGUACAUUGUAACUCUUUAACACAGACAUUACCUUCAAUUAGUUUACAACAUAAGUCAACUGGAUUACAUAAUGAUGAUAAUAAUGAUAUGUCAAUGGUAUGUAAUACCGAGAUAGUACCAGUUGAAUGUGUUACUUGUUCAGAUUUAUUAAUUGGAUUUUCUAAUAAAACAAAUCAUUUCAAUCAUUCAUUCAUUGCAACAGUUAAUCUUAUUUUAAUGAAUCCUGUAAAUAAUCAUUCAUCAGCUAAUUCUAUAUUAAAUAUUGGUAUGAUUCAUAUAUCAACAUUAAAUCAUUGGAAUACUAUUAAUAAAUCAUUAAUUCAUUUAUAUUAUUUAUAUUAUUCAUAUUUAAAUUUAAAUGGUACACAUGACCUUGAACGGAAUGAAUUAAAACAAUAUCAAUUAUAUAUGAAUAAUCAAUUAAUAUUAACAUGUAAAUUAAAUGUGAAUCAAAAUCGAUUUAAUUAUUCUAUUGAAUUCAAUAAUCAAAAAAUAAUCAAUAAUAAUAGUGAUAAUUUAGAAAAUUUAUUUAAUUUAUUACAAUUUGAAACAAAACAAUUCAAAAAUAUUCAAUUAUCAAUAAAUCAAUAUAAUUUAUCUAUCGAUAAUGAUGAUGAACAAAUCGAUUUAUCGAUCAUUAAUGAUAACCAUGAUCAAAUCGAUUUAUCGAUGAAUAAUAGUAAUAUUAUUAAUGAACCGAUCGAUUUAUUAAUCAAUAAUAAUCAUAAUAUUGAUUGGAAAAAUAAUAAUUUUUAUAAAAAUUUAAAAAAUUUUAAUCAAUUAUUGAUUAAAACUUUAUUCAAUCGUGAUAUUUUAUAUUUUUAUUAUAAAUUAUUAUUACAAUAUUAUAUAAUCAUAUUUUAUGAUCAAGAUGAAGAUUAUUUAAAUCAAUUAAUGGAAGGAUUUUAUGAACAUAUUUAUGAUACAAGUAUAAAUUCAUCUUCAUUGAAGGUAUACUAUUUUAAUUUAUCUGAUGGUGAACAAACAACAAUGAAUCACUUGUAUCAAUGUUUAUCCCAAUAUACGAAUAGGACAAUGAAUCUGUCAGAACAGAUACCACCUCAUUUAAUUAUUAUAUUCUAUAUUCAAUCCAUGAAUCAAAUUCCAUAUGAAGAUUAUAGGAAAAUUAUUAAUUACUUCAAAGCUUACUAUCAUGAAAAUAAAGAUGAUUCAAUAAGAACAUGUUCCAUCUAUCUAAUUGGUACUUGGAUAACAUCGAUUGAUAUCAGUUCCAUUGGAUCAUCAUCAUCGUCAUCGUCGUCGUCGUCGUUAACAUCAGUUCCAGAACCACUUCGAAAUCUAACAUCAUCAACGAAUAUCAAAAUGAUCUCAUAUCCAAAUGGUAUCUAUAAACCUAUACAAUGUGUAGAUGAAUUAAUAUGUUGGAUUGAAAUAGAUUAUUCAUUUAAACAAACAUAUAUGAUAGGUUCUUUAAAAAAACAACUUAUACAUUCAUUUAUCAAUGAAUUCAAUCAAACAUUAUCUAACUGCUCAUUGAAUCAAAUGAAUGAAGAAUAUUUGGAAAGAUUUCAUAAUCAGCUGAGAUUUUACGAAGAUCUUAUAAAAUGGAUUCAACAAGUUCUCAAUCAUUUGAAUCAAUUCUUAAUUGAAUUAUAUAAUCAUCAUAAUGAAAUUCAAUUAAAUAAUGAACAAAUUCAUUUCAUUAAUCCAUCAAUAUUUUUAACAUUACCAUUUACUCCCCUUCCUCCUACUUCUAGUCCUCUUCCCCCCACUACUACUACUACUACUACUACUACUACUACUACUACUAAUAAUAAUAAUAAUAAUAAUAAUAAUAAUAAUAAUAGCAAUCCUUCAAUGACCUCAGAAUUAUGGUUUAUUGAUUUAUGGAAUAAUAAAAUUGUAAAAAUUAUGCAAAAAUUUAUUAACCAAUUAUCCAAUCAUCAUCAUGAUCAUAAUAAUAAAUCAAUAAAAGAUCCGAUCAAUUUUAAUGAUCCAACUAAUUGGAUAUUAUCAACAUGGCCAUGGAAUUCAAUAAAUUGGUUAAAAUAUUUUAAUAAAGAAAAACAAAAUUCAAAAUUAAAUUUAAUUCAUCUUAUUGAAUUAUAUACAAAAAAAUAAAAAUGAAUCUUAAUUUGUUUACAUACUACUUAUUACUACUACUACUACUACUGUUAGUGGUAAUAAGUAGUAUAAGUAACAAAAACUAAAAUAUUAUAUGAAUCUUCAUCUACAAAUCAAAAUGAACAUUAUCCAAAUUGAUUCCCUAUUUCAUUUGUAUAUAUAUGAAAAUAAAGUUGACCCAGAUACAUCUAUCUAUUUAAAAAAAAACGGUAAACAAAAUUAUAUAAAUAAAUCAAUAUAUGUGACAAUGUUCAUUGAUUACAUAAUCUAAUCAAGGAAUAUAGAUUUUUUUUUUGUUUUUUAACUGUUAAUUGAUCAACAAAAACAAAAAAAACAAAAUAUGGAGACUAUAUAUGAAAUAAAAAUGAAUAUGUAAUUAGUAUUUUGUAACUAAGGGGGAAUGAAAAGAAAAAAAGGGGGUGUGCAAAUUUAUUAUUUGUUUAAUAAAUUUCAUUUUGUUUUUGCCUUCUAUGAUACGUAUGUCUUACUAAAACAAGAACAAUGUGAAGUUUGUGGUGUGAUUAUAAUUUAUGAAUGUGCCAAUCAGAAGUGUUUGAGGGAUUUCAAAGUCAUGGAGCCAGUUUCAGUACCUGAUGCUUAUGCACAAUCCGUUCAUAGAGGAUUUUAGAGAAGAUAUGACAAUUAAGCGUCUAUAAU